GCAACGGACCCGACACGACCGAAAACAAAGCUCGAGGAUAGCGUGCAAUGCUCGGCCUCUAAAACCCAGGGUUUUACGCGCAAAAACCCUCUCCUUCUCCUCCUCCCUCUCUCUGUAUACCGAAAAUGACCUUCCUCUGUCAACGCCGUUUCAGAGCCGUCUGCAACAACGUUUCGCUCCUCCGUUUCGCCCAUUCCAAGCCCCAGAGACCCCCGCCACCUCCAACCCCACCCAAGCCCCCCGAGAAGCCUGUGCCUUUCACCUGCCACGGUGACACGUGGCACGAUCCCUACAGCUGGAUGUCCGAUCUGGCGGACAAGGUGGCCAUGCGCCACAUGGACGUGUACAUGGAGCAGGAGGAGAAGUACACCGAAGCUGUGAUGUAUGACACCGAUCGCCUCCAGCGCAAGCUCCAGUCGGAGAUGGCCAGCCGCAUGACGUCUCACCUCUCCACACCGCCCGUCCGAUGGGGUCCCUGGUUGUAUUACAGGCGUGUGGAAGAAGGAAAGCAGUAUCAGGUGCUAUGUCGGAGAUUGGCAAGUUUGAACGACGAGUUUAUAUCAUACAAUGCUCCUUCUGCAGGCUUUGAUUUCACAGCUGGGAAGAGGAUUGAGCAGAAGCUGGUUGAUUACAAUCAGGAGGCUGAGAGAUUUGGAGGUUAUGCUUAUGAAGAACUAUCAGAAGUGUCCCCAGAUCACCAUUUUCUAGCAUACACCAUGUAUAACAAGGAUAAUGACUUCUUUACUUUAUCCGUGAGGAAUUUAAAUACGGGUUCACUUUGCAGCAAGCCUCAAGCCGACGGAGUUUCAAAUUUGGCAUGGGUGAUGGGUGGGAAGGCACUGCUUUACACUGUAACAAACACUGAAAAGAGACCAUAUCGGAUCUACUGUAGUGUCCUUGGGUCUGGUAAAGAUGAUGUCUUGGUUCUGGAAGAACCCGAUGAGAAUGUCUAUGUUAAUAUUAGGAACAGCAAAGAUUUCCGGUUUGUGACUGUAAAUACUUUUUCAAACACUUCGUCAAAGGUGUAUUUGAUAAACGCAGCUGAUCCAUUGUCUGGUAUGACAUUAGUUUGGGAAUGCGAAUCACAAGCUCACUGCAUAAUCGAGCAUAAUCAGGGAUAUCUUUAUCUUUUUACGGAUGCUGCAAGAGGGGGACAACCAGUCAAUUCCCAUUAUCUGCUGAGGCAUCCUGUUGAAGCUUUUGGUUCUAGAACUUGGGAGAACGUGUUUCUUGAUGACCCGAAUGUUAUAAUUGAGGAUGCCGAUUUCUGUGAUACACAUUUGGUGCUUAUUCUAAGGGAAGGUCGGCGGUUGCGAAUUUGCUCGAUAGCUCUUCCUUUGCCUAUGGAUGGUAAGGGAGCACUGAAUCUAGCUGACGUUAAUCCGAGUUUCCUAGCCCUUCCAAAACACGUUUGUCAAAUCUCACCUGGGCCCAAUUACGAUUACUAUUCCUCAACCAUGCGAUUCACAAUAUCCUCACCAGUGAUGCCCGAUGCUGUGGUAGACUAUAACUUAUCAAAUGGCAAGUGGGUGAUUGUGCAACAACAAAAUGUGCUACACGAAAGGACAAGGACAUUGUAUGGAACACCUUCUCCUGCUAGCCAUAUGGCGAAAGCACCAUUCUCAAAGAGCUCAGACACUAUACCUGAAGCCGACGGUGCAGAUGGCUCAUGGAAUGAUCUUUCUGAGUUUUAUGCCUGUGAGUAUUAUGAUGUUUCUUCAAAAGAUGGGGUUAUGGUACCAUUGACUAUUGUUUACUCACACAAAAUGAAGCUAGAGGGUCAGAGUUCAGGGCUGCUUCAUGGGCAUGGGGCUUACGGUGAGUUGUUGGACAAACGCUGGCGCAGUGAGUUAAAAAGCUUGCUUGAUCGCGGUUGGGUGAUUGCAUAUGCUGAUGUCAGAGGUGGAGGGUCUGGGGGUAAAAGAUGGCAUCAUGACGGCAUGCGCACAAAAAAGCGCAAUUCCAUCGAUGAUUAUAUUUCCUGUGCUAAAUUCCUAAUCGAGAAGGGAAUUGUACAACAAGACAAGCUUGCUGGUUGGGGUUAUAGUGCUGGCGGACUUCUUGUCGCUUCAGCCAUUAAUUGUUGCCCUGAUUUAUUUCGUGCUGCAGUUUUGAAGGUUCCAUUUUUAGAUGCCUGCAACACGCUUCUGUAUCCUGUUUUACCUCUUACACCUGUCGACUAUGAAGAGUUUGGAUAUCCUGGGGACGUCGAAGAUUUUCAGGCUAUAAGAAGAUACUCCCCUUAUGAUAAUAUUCAGAAGGGUGUUCUUUAUCCAGCGGUCUUGGUGACAUCAUCUUUUAAUACUAGGUUUGGAGUAUGGGAAGCUGCAAAAUGGGUUGCGAGGGUCCGCCAACAUGCUCUCUAUGAUCCGCAACGUCCGAUUCUGCUUAAUCUAACGAUAGAUAUAGUGGAGGAAAACAGGUAUUUGCAGUGCAAGGAAUCUGCGCUAGAGACUGCUUUCCUUAUCAAGAUGGUGGAUUCCUAGCUAGUUGACAAAAUUGCAUCUGCUUGUUUCAACGGAGGGUCUAGAUCAAGACCCAAAUCGCAGAGACUGUUCAGAGUGACAUUCUAAAUCGAAAUGAUGGCUCACGAGAAUAUACCUUAAUUUAUUGGUUUUGUCGAUGUUGGCAUGGUCAGAUCUCCAGUUUGGGUGGUAUGAGAAAAUGACGAGCCCGGCCACCAAAGGUGGGUCUCAUCUGAUAUAUGAAGCCUGAUUGGGAGGAAGAGCCUUGAUUUGUUGUAAUUUUAUUAAUGUAGAGUAAUCAGCUUGUUUAUUUGUGCCUUUUAUUUUUAUUUUUAUUUUUAUUUUUGAUUUAUUUUAGCUGUCCACAAGGAGAUAACAUGAAUUUACAUUUAAAUGAAAAGCAUUUACUGGCCUUUCUUUGAUAUGAAAAGCCCUUAAUUUUCA